AUGGCUAUCGACACAGUGCAACAUGGGUGGAGCGGGGGUGGACACACUGGGCAGGCCCUGGAGAUGCGCGCGAGGAUUCCAUUCAAAACGCCGCUGGACAAUGUGCAGCUGCCGUCACCACUCUGUGAAGUCAACAAGACCACAUUCGCGUCCACCAGAGUCCGGUACCUGACUGAGUGCCAACCGCCGUCUCUGUCUCUAUCUGACGCUUGCCGUCUGUCCCGAUCGUCAUCGACGAGACUUACCAGAGCGCCGUCCGCAUCGAGACCGCCCAGGAGCUUCCGCACCCGUAGCCUUUCUCGAAGCCGAUGGCGACAGCAGCUCGACCAGUGCCUGACCGACGCUAGAGUGCACAUCUACACCGACAUCCCCGCGCCCGCGCUCCUGAAACAGAGCAAGCCGCCGAAGGACACGGAGACAAACACGAUGUCGUACCACGAGCAGCAGCACUGGAUCACUGUCCAGCAGAAGACCUUCACCAAAUGGGUCAACACCAAGCUCGAAGUCCGUGGCAAGGAGGUCAAGGACCUGGUCCGCGAUUUAUGCGAUGGCGUCCUUCUCAUUCACCUCCUCGAGUGCCUCUCGGGAGAAUCCCUAGGCCGCUAUGCCGCCAAGCCCAAACUGCGCGUGCAGUGCUUCGAGAAUGCCAACCUCGCCCUUAACUUCAUCAAGUCUCGCGGUAUCCAGAUGACCAAUAUUGGCGCUGAGGAUGUCGUCGAUGGCAACCGCAAGAUCAUUCUGGGUCUCAUCUGGACUCUCAUUCUGCGUUUCACCAUCAGUGACAUUAAUGAGGAGGGCAUGACAGCCAAAGAAGGUCUUCUGCUAUGGUGUCAGCGAAAGACCGCCUGUUAUGACGAGGUCGAUGUACGUGACUUCAGCACCAGCUGGAAUGACGGUCUGGCCUUCUGCGCCCUGCUCGAUAUUCACCGCCCAGACUUGAUCGACUAUGACGCCCUCGACAAGUCCGAUCACCGCGGUAACAUGCAGCUUGCCUUCGACCUCGCCCACAAGGAAAUUGGCAUCCCAAAGCUGCUCGAUGUUGAGGAUGUUUGCGACGUUGCCAAGCCUGAUGAGCGCUCGCUCAUGACGUACAUUGCCUACUGGUUCCACGCCUUCUCCAAGAUGGAGCAGGUUGAGAACGCCGGCCGCCGCGUCGAAAAGUUCGUUAACAAUAUGCGCGGUGCUUGGGACAUGCAGCAUGCCUAUGAGCGCCGUAUGGCUGCCCUGCUUAAAGCCAUUCGCGAGCAGAUUCAGGCCUGGCGCGAGGCCAAGUUCGAGGGAACUUAUGCCGAUGCUAAGGCCCAGCUCUUUGAGUUCGGCGCCUACAAGAAGGGCAAGAAGCGUGAAUGGGUUGCCGAGAAGAGCGAGCUGGCCACAUUGUUGGGCAACAUCAAGACCAAGCUUGGUACAUACAGGCUCAAGCCGUACGAGCCACCAGCUGAACUAAGGCUGGAGGUGCUCGACCGGGAAUGGAGCAACCUCACCAAGGCCGAAAUGGCCAGGGGCCAACUUAUCAACGAAACUAUCAGGGACAUCAAAAACGCCCUGCGUAAGUCUUUCGCCGAUAAGGCCAAUGAUUUCGCUCUUGCUCUCAACACAAUACAGUUGGCCAUCUCGGGUCUCGAGGGUGAUAUUGAGGACCAGCUGCACCACGUGCGCAAACUCGCUGAGAACAUUCCACCACUGGAUGCCUACCUCGAAACCAUCGCAGCCGUCGACGCCAAGUGCCAAGAAGCCAACAUCGAAGAAAACGACUUCACGACCUACACGUACGAUGAGCUCUGUUACGAGCUCUCCCUCGUCAAAUCCUCCGUGCAAAAGAAGCUCUCCUUCCUCGAGAACCAGAUGGUCGCGCGCAACAUGACCAACCUAACCCCCAUCCAGCUCGAAGAGUUCGAGUCUGUCUUCCGGCACUUCGACCGCGACGACACAAACACCCUGUCCGAAAUCGAAUUUAGCGCAGCCCUCGCCUCCCUCGGCUUGGUCUUUACGGAGGAAGAAACCCAUGACUACUUCAUCCAGACCUCCAACGGCAAGGACCGCGUCACCUUCGAGCAGUUCAUCCGCUUCAUGGUGGACGUAACCGAGGACCAAAAUACAGCCGAGCAAGUUUUCCAGAGCUUCCGCGAGGUCGCUGACGGCAAGCCGUAUGUCACCGAGAUGGACCUACGCCACUCGCUCGUGCCGGACGAUGUCAUCGAGAAGCUUGUCGAGAUCAUGCCGCCUCACAAGGGCCCGGAUAUGAAGGACGACCGUGGGAUGCCGCAAUACGAUUACAUUGCUUUUAUGGAGAGCAUGAUGGGCGGAGAGGUCGACUUGAGCGGGUAUCGCGAUGAUAGUAAGCGGAAUAGCGUGGCGAGUGGGAGGGUGAGUCCGACGAAGAGGCUGUCGACGGGGUCGGCCAAACUUAAUGGGUUACAUUGA